AUGGCUGUGCCUCCUCUUGGGGCUGUGUUAUGACGCUUUCACGGCCGGCGUGCAGACACACCACAGCUAAGAAACAGCAUUUUAAAACCUUACGAGUGGCUGGGAUCACAAUAAAAAAAGUACUUCGCAAUGAUAGCGACGUGUGCGCUUGUAACGUGGUAUUACGUAAACGCUUUCACAGCGUUUGCUGAAGCCGGAGAGCCUCGCGCCAUUUGCCCGACUUCAGUAAAGGUAGUAGAAGGCGACGAUGUUACUCUUCAGUGGCGACUGGAUCCUCCGGUCGACGUGUCCGCUUACACGGUGGAUUGGAAGAAAGACCAGGGUUUCGUCCACGCUUACCGACAUCAACAGGACCAACAUAACCUACAGAUGGAUCAAUACAGAAACAGGACGCAUCUCAACCAUGAAGACCUGAGCAUAGGAGUCCCGACUCUGAGGAUCUCCUCAGUGCGGCCGUCUGACAGCGGACUGUACAGAUGCUUUGUCUCAAGACUGAGGGCCGGUUGUGUUAUUGACGUCAUUGUUGUAACAGGUGAUUCCAGCACAACUAGACCACUGGAUGAGCCGGACGAUCCUGGAGAGCCUCGCGCCAUUUGCCCGACUUCAGUAAAGGUAGUAGAAGGCGACGAUGUUACUCUUCCGUGUCGACUGGAUCCUCCGGUCGACGUGUCCGCUUACACGGUGGAUUGGAAGAAAGACAAGGAUGUCGUCCACUCCUACCGACAUCAACAGGACCAACAUAACCUACAGAUGGAUCAAUACAGCAACAGGACGCAUCUCAACCAUGAAGACCUGAGCAGAGGAGUCCCGACUCUGAGGAUCUCCUCAGUGCGGCCGUCUGACAGCGGACAGUACAGAUGCUUUGUCUCAAAACUGAGGGCCGGUUGUGUUAUUGACGUUAUUGUUGUAACAGGUGAUUCCAGCACAACUAGACCACUGGAUGAGCCGGACGAUCCUGGAGAGCCUCGCGCCAUUUGCCCGACUUCAGUAAAGGUAGUAGAAGGUGACGAUGUUACUCUGCAGUGUCGACUGGAUCCUCCGGUCGACGUGUCCGCUUACACAGUGGAUUGGAAGAAAGACAUGGGUGUCGUCCACUCCUACCGACAUCAACAGGACCAACAUAACCUACAGAUGGAUCAAUACAGAAACAGGACGCAUCUCAACCACGAAGACCUGAGCAGAGGAGUCCAGACUCUGAGGAUCUCCUCAGUGCGGCCGUCUGACAGCGGACAGUACAGAUGCUUUGUCUCAAAACUGAGGGCCAGUUGUGUUAUUGACGUCAUUGUUGUUGCUGCAAAGAUGGAGGCUGGCUGGAAACGUGUCGUUCCCGUUGUUGCUGCUGCUGCUCUUGUUGGUGGCGUUAUUUUGAUCCUGGUGAAACGUGGAAAGAUCCAGAAUCGUAUGCAGACGCUCAGGGGAAGGCAGCAGCCAAAACCAGAGACGGCGGCAAACGGAUCUGAAAUGAAGAAGCUGAACACCCUGGGAGCAGACGGGGACGAGGACAAGGAGAGGCCUGCGGAAAACGGCGUGGGGAACAAGUGAUGGUCGGCGGACUGGCUGCUGGAGUGAGAAGACAACCGUUCAUCACCUCAACGAUCAAAAGCUGUUACCGAGCAAACAACCAUUAAACCUCCACAUGGACCAGUAAAGGUUCGACACAUCUCAGACAGCAUUAAUGGGUCCAUUUGGUCCAGACGCACAAUACUGGAAAAGGGACUUUUUAUAGAUCUGAUGAGUCCAGUGUUAAUAUAUAUAUAUAUAUAUAUAUAUAUAUAUAUAUAUAUAUAUAUAUAUAUAUAUAUAUAUAUAUAUAUAUAUAUACAGGAUAAUAUCGAUCAAUUUCAGUUUCUAUACAUCAAUAAAAUGAAAAGAAGACCUGUCAAUCACCCCCAGUUUCCUGGGCCAAAAUAUGAGAGAAUAUUUUCCACAAAAUACCAAGAUGCAACUUGUAUAAUAUAAAGAUGGGAAACGCAUAACUAGGGACGUGUUUUUAGUGAUGUCGCUUCAGACUCUACAAAAUGUCAUUCAUGGCGAUCCGUCCAGUGGAUGUUGAGAUAUUUCAAACAUUCAUGGUUCCCAGAGGAUAAAUCCUAAUGAUUUUUAGGCUUCGAGGAAAAAAACACCUCAACAACUAAUGAAAGUUGGGACACACAUUCAUGUUCCCCUCAUAAUAACUUAGUUGAUGUCUGACGUUUCCUCUAGCUCCAUCAUCAGUACUUACAAUACUGGUUUAUGACCUGCAAAACUACUGACAUUCCCAUCAGCCUCAGCUGUUUUGUGCUAAUUAGCAAAUGUUAGCAUGCUAACACGGCAAAAUACAAUCAUGGUAUACCUGUUAAACAUCAGCAUCAGUUAUCGUUGUAAGUGUGUUAGCAUGCUGACUUUAGCAUUUAGCUCAAAGCACCACUGUGCCUUUAAAACAGCUGCUAGCAUGGCUGUAGACUGGUACUGAAAGAAAUACAUCUAAUGCGUUUCCUUCCUCAAAUCAUUUUGGUCCCCUUAUUUUGCAUUUAUAAGCAGCAUAUAAACAAGUAAUAAAUGGUUACUAUUGCAAAGUCAACCUACUACCACAACUUGUCCAUUUAUCUUCAGUCGACUCGACUACUGCAACUCUGUUCGUUUAAAUCCAGACUGAAGACUUUCCUGUUUGCCGCUGACUUUUAUUAAAUCAAAUAAUGAUUCAUUUCUUAAACUGCACUGUAACUUUUACUCUCCUGUUUUAUCUUGUUUUUAUUUUAUAUUUAACUCAUAUUUAAGUGUAUUUAAAUGUCUUUUUAUAUGGCCUUAUGUUUCUUUUAUGUUUUGUGUAAAACACUUUAAAUUGUCUUGUUGAAAUGUGCGUUGCCUUACUUUAAUGUAGUUGUUAGCAGUUAUAAGGUGUUUAUUAAUGCACAGUAUUUGUCAUAAUUAUAACUUCUAUGAAGACUAUUUGUUGUUACAACUGUGUCUUACCAUAUUGUCAUUGAUUAUUUGUUUACACACCAUAUGUCCACAGUGGAGCAAAACUAAAAACUUUUCUAUUUUUAAUAAUGUCUUUUUACUUUUGUUGAUGUCGAAUGAAACAUUUAUUGUAUUUGUCUACAUAUUACUUGUUGCUCUAUGUGCUAUAUUUUAAUAUAAAACACAUUGAGUCUACCCUUUAAUGAUGAAAUAUAACUAAAAUUGACUUUA